AUGAGUGAUGGUAGGGGCUGCGACCUCGCCGCCGUCGCGCGGAGCCUCCGGCCUUACUCCCGCGAGUCCGCGACCCCUCCGCCCGCCAGUCCGCGACAGUACCACAAGGAGGCCGCGACCGCACUGCCGUCCGCCUGUGCCCGCCUGCGCCUGCUCCUCGAGGCCGGCGGCGCGUGCGGGAGGAAGGACGCCGCCACCGCGCUCUACGCACUCUGCGGCGGGGCGCGCGAGAACCGGGGGCGCGCCGUCGAGGCCGGCGUCGUGCGGCCGCUGCUCGACCUCAUGGCCAACCCGGAGUCCGGCAUGGUGGACAAGGCCGCGUACGUGCUCCACUCCCUCGUGGGCUCCAGCGAAGGCCGCUCCGCCGCCGUCAAGGAGGGCGGCAUCCACGUCCUCGUCGAGAUGGUCGAGGCCGGCACCUCGCGGCAGAAGGAGAUCGCCACGCUCUCCCUCCUGCAGAUCUGCGACGACAACGCCGCCUACCGCACCAUGGCCACUCGUGAGGGCGCCAUCCCGCCCCUCGUCGCUCUCUCCCAAUCGUCCUCCGCCCGCCCCAAGCUCCGGGCCAAGGCGGAGUCGCUGAUCGAGAUGCUGCGGCAGCCGCGGAGCCCAAGCCUCCGCGUGAGGCCAUCGGCGGCGGUCGUUGCGGUGGAGUGA